GCAGCCGCCGCUCUCCGGGCCCGGUGCCCUGCUCCUUCCCUUCCCCUUACGGCCUGAGGUGGACGCAGCCAUGGCUCCGGCCGCUGACCGGCAGGGUUACUGGGGCCCUCCGACCUCCACCUUGGAGUGGUGCGAGGAGAACUACGCCGUCUCCUACUACAUCGCCGAGUUCUGGAACACAGUGAGUAACCUGAUUUUCAUUCUACCUCCACUCUAUGGUGCGAUUCAGACCCAUAAAGAUGGCCUUGAAAAACGCUAUUUAGCUGCGUAUUUGUGUCUUACAGCUGUGGGACUGGGAUCUUGGUGCUUCCACAUGACCCUGAAGUAUGAAAUGCAGCUGUUGGAUGAGCUGCCAAUGAUAUACAGUUGUUGUGUGUUUGUCUACUGCCUGUAUGAAUGUUUCAAGUACAAGAAUACAGUCAAUUAUCCACUGCUUUUCUUGUUAAUAACAUACAGCUUCGUAGUCAGCAUAGUUUACUUGAAUUUGAAAGAGCCUGUAUUCCAUCAGAUCAUGUAUGGAACGCUAGUUUCCAUUAUAGUUCUACGAUCUGUUUAUAUAGUGUUAUGGGUAUACCCAUGGCUUAGAGGUCUAGGCUAUACAUCUUUAACUGUAUUUUUAAUGGGAUUUUUUCUCUGGAAUGUGGACAACAUUUUCUGUGAUAAAUUGAGAGCACUGAGAGAGAAGAUGCCUCCUGUUGUGGGAGCUGUGACGCAGUUUCAUGCAUGGUGGCAUAUUCUCACAGGCCUGGGCUCCUACCUUCAUAUCCUACUAAGUUUAUACACAAGGACACUUUUCCUGAAACACAGGCCAAAGGUGAAGUUUGUCUUUGGAAUCUGGCCUAUUCUUCUUGUGGAACCACCCAAGAAGCUUUGACUGAGACCCAAGCAGUCACCUGCCAUCACCUAGCCUGGCUGAAUAAAGAGAUUCAACAGUUCCUAUGGCUGAAGUGUCAACCUUAUGGAUCAAUUCAAGUACCAUUGCUACAAAAGGACUUCUCUGUGUUCCCAGGCCAACACAGAGCAAAGAGUUGACACGCUAGGGAAAUAAUGUUUAGUACAGCUUUAUUCUAAGUUGUUAAAACAAAGAUUGAGACACAAAUAUUUUUUAUGUAUAUAUUGUAUAGCUGAUGAUACUGAGCUAAUAUUUCGUGCUGGUCACAGAAAACUAACCAUUUUUGAAGUGGAAUUGCAGAUGUUUUUCAUUCAGUUGUUCUUUUCUGUGGUUGAAACUAAUAUUAGUAACUGAAUGACAAAGGCAGGCCAUCGAUGGCCAAGCUGAGCAGUUGUGUGGCCUGUAGUGAGCUGAAUGCUUAACCUGAACUACUUUAAUCUUGCACUUUUAUACAACUAAUGAAGUAUGUAAUGAUUGAUUUAGAGCUUUAUUCUAUCCUGCUUUUCCACAGCCUCCUUUGCCAUUUAUAUUUGAAGCAAAGCGGUUGGGAUACCUGUGCCAUUUAGUUCCUUUUGUACCAAGCUUCCAUUUUCUCUUUAGUCCAGCUGAAUACAUCAUGGAAGAUGUUUCAAAGUGACCAGCAGAAGACGCUUAAGAUGGUGAAGCAUUAUAAGGGUUCUUGUUUGUGUGUGGAAACUGAGUUCCUCCUUUGUUUGACCAGUGAUCCACCAGGAGACUGCAGGGUGACUGUAUUAACACAAGCAGCACUUUUGUUAUGUUUUAUAAAUAUUACUUCCAUGCCUUUUCUACCAUACUUUUUUACUCCCCACAUCCCAUUCAUACCACAGAUUGACAAACACCUUCAGUGUGUGCUUUGAAUUCAUCUCUUCCCCUUAUUUGACAAGUCUUAAAUACUGGUCUGACUUUCAGAAGCAUCUUCAUAAUCAGACAUACUGAAGAAAGAGUAAAGAACAAGGUGGAUGGAUGAAAUUGGCAGCACUUUGCUUCCUCUUCAUCUGUCCAUCACAUGGUUACUGUAUGGAAAGUUGACCACGUUUUUGGAGACCAAGGUUGGGGGAUUAAUGGAGGGGAGAAACUCACUGGUUUGUGCCAUUUUAUCUACCCAGAUGAUGAAAAUUAGUAAGAAAGCAUAAAAAAAACAUUGAGCUAACACAGUUCUUCUAAAUGUUAUACCUCAUUUUGGAGGCUGUGGGUUUGACUUCAGAUCCUGGGACAACUGUCCCACAGAGUCUUAUCUCUGGGUCUGUUAGCUGCCAUGCUAUGCUGUUGCUCUCUGCUUUUGAUGCUCUGAGAGAUUUAUCCUUCUUGCCAUGAAGGAAUAAAAGGGAAAUGCUCAGACUCACCAGAAACCCCACUUGAUAUUGAUUUAAAUCAUGCCCAAAGCAGCAAAGCAUGGGAUUAUAGCUACAGCUGUCUCCCAGAUCACAAAGUCCUGGCUGUUGUACAAUCAGUGCUGAUUCAAAUGGUCUCCUCCAUUAAUGUCUCCUCCUUUAAUGUCUUUUUCUCCUGUUUGCAGCUCAGCUGCAUCUUCUGUGUCCAUCAGGAGCGCUGCCACUGAUGUGGAUCUCCAAAUAGAAUCACUGCUUUUCUUACAUGACUGACCCUGGGCUCUUGGGAUCAAAUAGACCCAAACUCAGGUCUAGAAAAAGAUACAUAACCUUGAGUGACUUCAGUGAGCUUUAAGCACGUGCUGAGAGCAGCACAUUUCAACCUAGAAAACACUACAAAGACUCCUGAAGGAUAACGGUAGAACAGAUUUGUUGUCUGUAGGCUCCAGUUCCAUAGCCAAGGUCAGCAUCUGUGUGUGAUCUUCAGACAGAAAGAGGUCGGAAUUAGAGCACAGAGGAAGGAAAAUGCUGCCUUGGAUCAAGUGUCUUUAUUUAUAUGUUUUGUAAAGAGAUUUGAGAACUGUUCUAAAAAUGUAGCUGAAAAAGAAGUGCCUGCCUAUUCCUCUCCAGGCUCUCAAGCAUGCUUCUGCACACUGCAUCUGAUUGUCUUAUUUAGUCUAUAUUUAGUUUACAUGUUUUCCUAAGUUAGGGAAAGAGUCCCAUAACAGGGACAUUGCAACAAGACACAUCAAUAGUCACUUGUGACAUCUGCUAAAGAUGGGAUUAUCCUUAAGAAUAUGAACAAACCCUUUAUUUUAGUGGCCUUAGUUUUGUUACUGGAGGAUGUGGGGGCUCUGGUUGGUUUCCCUGUAAAUCAGGAAGCAGAUCAUGCUGAAAAGCCACUUUAUUAUUGAUAAAGCAUCUCUAUAAUGGUUUAUAUUAAAGAAGUUUAUUGAUUUUCCUACACAUUUGCAACUAGAAAGUGUAUUUUUCCCCCAGAUCCUGUUGAAUUAUCAGGGUUUCAGAAACAAAGGUGGAAAAGCUCUUGUUUGAAUUUCAUGUUGCUGUUAGCUUUUCAUUCAAGUAUUGUCACUGAUGGUUUUAUCUUUAAAAAGAAGUAUUAUGCA